AUGUCGCAAGUCCUUACCGUGUUUGGCGCCACUGGCAAGCAGGGCGGCUCCGUCAUUCGCGCUGUCCUCGCCGAUCCUGUCCUGUCCAAGAAGUUCAAGGUCCGCGGCGUCACCCGCGAUGCUUCCAAGCCCGCCGCCAAGGCUCUGGCAGACCAGGGAGUUGAAGUCGUAGUGGCCGAUAUGUCCUCUGUGGAUGCUGCUGCACCGGCGGUCAACGGUGCUCACAGCGUCUUCCUCGUCACCAACUUUUGGGAGACAGCUUCGGCUGACACCGAGUUCGCGCAGGGCAAGGCUGUCACCGAUGCUGCCAAAGCUGCCGGAGUUAAGCACAUCAUUGCCUCGACUCUCAUCGACGUCACCGAAGCUAGCAAGGGCCGCCUCCCCGGCGUCACCCACUUUGACAGCAAGGCCAAGAUUGAGCAGUACAUCCGGCAGAGCGGCGUCCCCGCUACCUUUUUCAUGCCCGGAUUUUACAUGGAAAAUUUUCUCAGCAUGAUUAAGAAGAACGAGGAUGGAUCUUACACCUUGAGCUUGCCCGUCUCGGGCGACAAGGCUAAGAUCCCUAUCUUUGAUACGGCGCAGGAUACUGGACUCUUCGUGAAGGCGGCCUUGAAGCAAGAGUCCCCAAGUGGCAAGCGAAUCCUGGCUGCCACCGACUAUGUCACCCCCGAUACUCUGGUCUCUGAGUUCUCCGAGGUGCUUGGCAAGCCCACCAACUUCUUCUCAGCUCCCGCCGAUGUCUUCAAGUCUUUCCUGCCACCUGCCCACGCGCAGGAGCUCCUCGAGAAUAUGCAGCUGCUUGAAGAUCCUGGAUACUACGCCGGUGCUGACCUGUCCGAGAGCCACGGGCUUCUGGACGCUAAACCCACGACAUGGAAGGCCUUUGUCGAGGCCAACAAGCAGAAGUGGCUUUGA